UUCCUUCACAACAGCUCUGUACUGCUCGGCGAAGCACAAGAAGUAUGAAUGCCCCGACUUCUGCAAAUGCCAUAUCACCAUAAAUCCUACAUGGCCAAUGCACAAAUGGGAUUGACCAUGUGGUACUUUUUAUGCUUGAUCCGACAAUGUGGUCGGAGGCUCCAUAUGGAGGGUGUGACGCAAUGGCGGAGUCUCCAUAGGCACACAGAGGCCAAAUUGAGCUCGGUACCGCAUCGCCGUGCAAAUUUUGCAGCGCCCUUUAAGGACCUAAAAUACCAGGAGCAGCUGGCAUUGGAGUAUGAAUGCCAAGCAUGGGAGCUGGUGUGACUGACAUAGGGCUCCGUUCAACUCCUUCUCGCCUUUCCACCGGUGCCCCUGUUAUAAACUCUUCACAAUUGUAUUAUGUGGUUGUCGCUGAGUAGACUGCUACUCUGAAGAUUUGUAUUUUUUCUCUCAAAUUAACUUUUGUUGAAUUUAUAUAACAACUUUCCAACGUUGUUUAGCAUUAUCUAGUCCAAAUAUGGCAUGAUUCCACUGUCUGUAUCUAUUUGCAUGACUUUCAAUGAGUGCCUUUUAUUUUGAAGGCGAACCAUAAAUGCCACUAUUAUGGCUAGCUUCACAUAUGUCGGAGGGCGCUCUAUUGCAUGUAUUGUCCGUUUGGGAGUUGCCUCCGUAGUAACAGUCCAGCCCCCUGAAAACAAACCAUAUUUUAAUAACAAUCCAGUAUAGAUAUGGCGGAGUUGUAACUUUUGACGAUACAAUAUUUUUUCUAACGAGUUCUAAGCCUUGAAAGAUGUUACAGAUGUGAUCGCCUACAGUCCAAUAAAUCAGUGGAGCUCGGUCAGAUAAACUGGGAUUUUUCAAUAGAAACUCCUCCUACAGGCUACAUUGAUUCAACGUCGUAUAUUGAUACAUACAUAAUUCGUCCUGUUUCGUCUGAGAACAUGGGCCCAGAAGGAAAUGUUUGAAAGAGGUACCUUUGAUUUCUAGGAAGACUGCAGGGGGGAACUUGCCAGUAUGGAGGCUACCAACAUACUGCCCAUUCUGAAGAAACGCCUAGCCUUCUUGUCAGGAGGCAAAGACAGACGCAGUGGACUGAUCCUAACCAUUCCACUAUGUACAGAACAGACCAGUAUGGAGGAGCUCAGCUCCACGCUGGACUAUCUCCUCGGCAUCCCCAGUGACAAGUGCAAAGCAAGAGGCUUCACAGUCAUCGUGGACGGACGAAAGUCACAGUGGAACAUCGUGAAGACUGUGGUACUGAUGUUGCAGAACGUGAUUCCAGCAGAGGUGUCUCUGGUGUGUGUGGUGAAGCCUGAUGAAUUCUGGGACAAGAAGGUCACUCAUUUCUGCUUCUGGAAGGAGAAGGACAGACUAGGCUUUGAGGUCAUUCUGGUAUCUGCCAAUAAGCUCACACGCUACAUCGAGCCCUGUCAGCUGACUGAUGAGUUCGGAGGAAGUCUGGUGUAUGAUCACAUGGACUGGCUGAACAAAAGACUGGUCUUUGAGAAGUUUACCAAAGAGUCCACAUCCCUUCUAGAUGAACUGGUGGUCAUCAACGAGAGUGAGAAAAGCAACCAAUUAGACAAAGAAAGGCCACCAGAUAGUAACUUCCUACCAUCGCUUGAUCCUGAAACAGUUCUACAAACCGGUCAUGAGUUGCUGUCAGAGCUGCAGCAGCGGAGGUUUAAUGGGUCAGAGGGAGGUGGUGUGGCCUGGUCCCCCAUGGAUGACGAGCUACUGGCCCAGCCACAGGUCAUGAAGCUGCUGGACUCCCUCAGGGAACAGUACACUAAGUACCAGGAGGUGUGUCGCCAACGCAGCAAACGAUCCCAGCUGGAGGAGAUACAGACCAAGGUCAUGCAGGUUGUGAAUUGGCUGGAGGGGCCUGGCACAGAGCAGCUCCGAACACAGUGGGGGAUCGGAGAUUCUAUCAGGGCCUCCCAGGCCCUACAGCAGAAACACGAGGAGAUGGAAAGCCAACACAGCGAGUGGUUUGCUGUGUAUGUGGAGCUGAACCAGCAGAUAGCAGCGUUGCUGAGUGCUGGAGACGAGGAGGACCUAGUGGAGCUGAAGGGUCUACAGCAGCAGCUCAGUGAUGUCUGUUACAGACAGGCCAGCCAACUGGAGUCCAGGCAGAACGUACUGCAGUCAGCACACGAGUUCCACGGCACCGCGCAGGAUCUGUCCCAGCAACUGGAUGGUCUACUGGGCAUGCUCUGUGCAGACGUGGCCCCCACUGACGGGGCUGCCAUCCAACAAACACUCAAACACCUCGAGGAGAAACUCAAGAGUGUUGAGGGAUCCCUGGCAGGCCURAGGGAGAAAGGUCAGGUCGUGAUGGAUCAGAUGUCYAACCAGACAACCUGGUCCUAUGGGAAGGACGUGCCCAUUGAGAACAAAGAAAACAUUGAUCAUAUCCAAGGAGUUAUGGAGGACAUGCAACUCCGGAAACAAAGAUGUGAAGACAUGGUGGAUGUGAGGAGACUGAAGAUGCUUCAGAUGGUCCAGCUUUUCAAGUGUGAGGAAGAUGCAUCACAGGCGGUGGAGUGGCUUGGUGAGCUGCUGGAUGCUCUCCUGAAGACCCACAUCAGGCUCGGGGACGAUGCACAGGAAACCAAAGCGCUGCUGGAGAAACACAAGAAAUUUGUGGAUGUUGCACAGAGCACCUAUGACUACGGCCGUCAGCUGCUUCAGGCSACGGUGGUGUUGUGUCAGUCUCUACGCUGCACCACGCGCUCCUCUGGUGACACCCUGCCACGCCUCAACCGGGUCUGGAAACAGUUCACUGUCACCUCUGAGGAGAGGGUUCAUCGGCUGGAAAUGGCAUGCUCUUUCCACACCGCAGCUGAGAAGGUGCUGGUCCAAGCCAGCCCAGAGCAGGGUGAUCUCCCAGUGGAGGUGGAGCAGGAGACCUAUGAGGAGGUGGAGACAGUGGGGAAGGCUCUACUGGACAGACUCACUGUCCCUGUUAUAUUCCCAGAUGGGAGUGAGCAGUACUUCGGCAGCCCAGGAGACAUGGCGUCCUCUGCUGUACACAUCCGGGACAAGAUGAAGCUGGUGGAGGACAGGAAACUGACUCUGCACGAGGAAGAUGAAGAUGAAGAAGACGUUGAGCAGCUACAGUGUUCGUAUGAUCAGAUACAUGACCAGAACAAAGAACUACAAGAAGAUGAGGAACUACAAGAUGACCAGGAACUACAAGAAGUGGACAAAGAACUACAAGAUGGAGAGGAACUGGAACUGGAGACGAACACUCAGAAAAGCUAAUGGAGCACCUUGAACAGCUAACCUAGUCCCAGAUCAGUUUGUGCUGUCUCGACAAAUCCUAUGGCCAUUGGCGUGACAAUCAUAGGAGUUUACAAGACAGCAUAAACAGAUCUGGGACCAGGCUACAGAGCAGCAGCAGCCAGCAGUCCACCAGAGAUUCAGGACAGGAAAGAACACCUCUGACAUUUGUCAUCAUGUCAACACAGCGCCUGACCAUAACGUGCUCCAGAACUAAAAUCCUGUCAAUCACCCGGUGUGACUGCAUUCCUUCCAUCUGUUGUACUCUGCCUCGCCAAGCCAUAUUAACUUACUAAGAGCAGUUAAAGAUAGAAUAUGGUUCUGAGAUCAACUUACAUUGCUUACCGCACAUGACAUGGAGAUGAGGGGAGGAAACAAAAAUGAAGAGGCUGAAAGCACUGACUGUACUGAAAUGGACUAUUUCCCUUAAAGCUUUACCUUGCCUGUCGCUUGUCCCUCUUAAGUCGCGUUCACACUGCACGUAGCCCAGGGCUAGUUUUCAACCAGGGUUAAGGUUUGCCCUGGGCUAAGAACAUGUAGUGGGAAAAGCCCUUAAGACAGUUGACUCGAGCUUUUACAUGGUGCUACUAAACCUUCUAGAAUGUACAGAAAGCAAAGCAUCAUCUAUCUCUCCUUUUACCUUACAGGUGCUGUAGAGUUUCUAGGCCGKUCUCUUUGUCAGACUGCCUUGUUUGACUAUAAGCAAUGUAUUUUAUAUUUUCCCACUGUUGUUUUUCUUCCCCCGCAAUACCUUCACGUGUAAAAAGAUGUCAGUAAUGUAAAUUCAUUCUGAAGGCGUUUGAAUAAGGCACUAACUGCCCAGCCGACUGUUUCCGGUGUAGACAGACUGUUGUAUAUUGCGCAGAUGGAUGGGUGCCGUCAACCAGCUUUUAAGACAUUUAGGCUGUGUUACUUGUAUGCAUCAAGGUACAAUGUAARAUCAGAGCUUUGUUAUAAACCUAGAUUAGAGUGGUAGAUCCAGGGCUUUGUUUUUAUUAAUAAAAUGUGAUUUGGAAAAUUAGGCUUCAUCUCUUCAUAGUUGUCAUUCUAAUUUGUAAGUCGCUCUGGAUAAGAGCGUCUGCUAAAUGACUUAAAUGUAAAUGUAAUGUAUACAUAAAGUACAUAUGCCUUUUGCAUUGUGAGGCAUGCUAUUGAAAUAUUAAUUCUAUAUUUAUUUUGUUUUGUAUAUUGGUAUUUUACAUAUCAGUGAAAGUCAUAAUGCUUGUUGUUUUUAGGUUUGCGAGGCUUAUCAUAUAUUUCUUGAAAAUUGGGGUCCUGUGAAAUAAACAAGCAAACAUUUGAAAGAUU